GGGUUGAACGGCGUCGGCGACUCUCUUCCACGCUGGAGCUGGACAAGACAGCUGGAAAUCUAGAAUACUGCUUUGUAUUGCCCUGUGAAGAAGACGCAAGGAAGUAAAAGAUGGCUCAAGAGGUUGCUGCUACUAAUGCACAAGCACAAAAUCAGCAGGUUGCUGCUACUAAUGCAGAACCACAAAAUCCAAUACCCACACCUGCUGGUGAUGAUGAAGAAGUUCUUGAGUUGGGAAAUCUCAAGAGUGACGUGUGGAAACACUUCACAAAGAUAAAGAAGGGAGAACUUAUCAAGGCUAAAUGUAACUAUUGCAAGAAGUUGCUUGCUGGUGAGUCCAAUAACGGUACUUCCCACUUGAGAAAUCAUUUGAGGACAUGUAUGCAAAAAAGGAUUCAAGAUGGGAAGCAAAAAGUACUUGGUACCAACUUUGUCUCUAAGGGAAAAAGAGAAAUGGUUGCCACUCAGUUCAAUCAAGCUGUUUCUAAGCAAGAUCUUGCUGUUGCAAUUAUUAUGCAUGAAUACUCUUUGUCGAUUGUGGACCAUUUAUACUUUAGGAAAUUUUUGUCUGGCCUCCAACCCUUGUUUAGUGUUCCUACUAGGAAUACUAUCAAAACUGAAAUUCUUAAGAUAUUUGAGAGUGAAAGGAGCAGACUCAUGAAAAUGGUGGGUAGUAACAAGGGCAGGGUUGCCAUAACGACUGAUAUGUGGACAGCAAGCAACCAGAAAAAGGGUUACAUGGCUAUUACGGCUCAUUACGUGGACAAUUCUUGGAUUCUUCGAAAUCACAUACUUAGGUUUGCUUAUGUUCCAACUCCGCAUACAAGUGGUAGGCUGGCUAAAGUUUUGCUGGACUGAGCUGACUCUGGAUCUUUGGAUGAGCUUUGUGCAUUGCUCAAUGAUGGGCAACAUGAAGAUGACGUGGAAGGAAUUUUGCUGCUGCAAGUUGCUGGAAUCAGCUGGAAACUUUCUGGAAUGUUUUCUGGGAUCCACUAG